AUGAAAAGAUAUUUUUCAUUUGUUGAAGCACAACCACCCGCAAAGGUAAAAAUAAACAAUGUGAACCUUCUUGUGAAGCUUCAUCAAGUGAAAAGCCAGACUCAUCAAAACCAUCUGGUAAAACGUUGUAAAAAUAGAAGUAAUCCUGACCCAAAAUGGAUGGAUAAUGGAAAUGAUGCAUAUAGGAAUGUAGAUGGAACAUUAUUCAUGUUUUAUACUAAUAAAAAUCAAAAUUAUAACGCAAAUGCAGUGCAUAUAUUUCAUGGCAAAAAAUACUUAGCGUUAUCUGUUUAUCCUGAUUUAUAUCAAUUAAUAGAUUUCCAUAGAAAAAAUUCUGAUGUUAUGAAACUUUAUAAUAAUACUCCCGAAGCCUUACAAUUACCAUCACUUCUUAUAAAAGAUUCACCAUCAGAAUUAAAUGAUUAUGGCUCUCACCUCUCAAAUACAUCUGCAAAAGAAAUUGAAGUAGCUAUUGAAUGGUUAAUUUGGAAUUACAUUAAAUUUGAAGAUUUUAUUAUUGCUAAGGGGUUAAAAUUAGAAAAUCUAUUACAUUUUUGGAGUGAUGGGGCUGCCACUUUGAUUGGCACAAAAACAGGUGUUGUUAAACGAUUUGAAAAAAUUAAUCCUUUUUAUUACAUCUGUGCAUUGUUCUUUUCGACGUAUGCAAAAUUUAAAGAUGAUAUAGGAGACGUUAGAAGAACAGAUGUACUGCUAUUUUUAGAUUAG